GGCGCGCGGGGGCGGCGGGCGCGGCGCUGCCAAUCGCAGACAAAGGCCGCCCCAGUGAAUCAUGUGGUGCCGGGGGAGGAAGUGCGGCUUGUUUUCUUUCCUCCAGUCGCCCGGCUCCGGGUGGAGCGCGAUGCGCGGAGACCCCCUCGGGGGUGGCGGCGGCCGCGAGCCCAGAUGAAGCCGGAGCGUCGGCCGCGCCGCAGCGCCCCUGGCCCGAUGGAGGCCCAGCCGUGGGACCCCCUCCGCAACGACUCGCUGCCGCCCACACUGACCCCGGCCGUGCCCCCCUACGUGAAGCUCGGCCUCACUAUCGUCUACACCGUGUUCUACUCGCUGCUCUUCGUGUUCAUCUACGUGCAGCUCUGGCUGGUGCUGCGCUAUCGCCACAAGCGGCUCAGCUACCAGAGCGUCUUCCUCUUCCUCUGCCUCUUCUGGGCCUCCCUGCGGACCGUCCUCUUCUCCUUCUACUUCAAAGACUUCGUGGCGGCCAACGCGCUCAGCCCUUUCGUCUUCUGGCUGCUCUACUGCUUCCCCGUGUGCCUCCAGUUCUUCACCCUUACGCUGAUGAACUUGUAUUUCACGCAGGUGAUUUUUAAAGCCAAGUCAAAAUAUUCUCCAGAAUUACUCAAAUACCGGUUGCCCCUCUACCUGGCCUCGCUCUUCAUCAGCCUUGUUUUCCUGUUGGUGAAUUUAACCUGUGCGGUGCUCGUGAAGACGGGCACCUGGGAGAGGAAAGCGAUCGUGUCCGUGCGCGUGGCCAUCAACGACACGCUCUUCGUGCUCUGUGCCGUCUCCCUGUCCAUCUGCCUCUACAAAAUCUCCAAGAUGUCCUUGGCCAACAUUUACUUGGAGUCUAAGGGCUCCUCCGUGUGUCAGGUGACCGCCAUCGGCAUGACCGUCAUCCUGCUCUACACUUCUCGGGCCUGCUACAACCUGUUCAUCCUGUCGUUCUCUCAGAGCAAGAAUGUCCAUUCCUUUGAUUACGACUGGUACAAUGUAUCAGACCAGGCGGAUUUGAAGAAUCAGCUGGGAGAUGCCGGAUACAUAGUGUUUGGAGUGGUCCUCUUUGUGUGGGAACUCUUACCUACCACCUUAGUGGUCUACUUCUUCCGAGUCAGAAAUUCUACGAAAGACCUUACAAACCCUGGAAUGGUUCCCAGCCAUGGAUUCGGUCCCAGAUCUUACUUCUUUGACAACCCUCGAAGAUAUGACAGUGAUGAUGACCUUGCCUGGAACAUUGCCCCUCAGGGACUUCAGGGAAGUUUUGCUCCAGACUACUACGACUGGGGACAACAAACAGCGAACAGCUUCCUGGCACAAGUAGGAACUUUACAACCAGACUCAAUUCUGGAUCCUGACAAACCAAGCCAUGGGUAGCGUCAGUUAACAGUUUUACGGAAGAUAUGCCUCAGUUGAAACAUUUCAGAAAGACUAACUUAAUGACAGCUGAAUUUUUAGGGCAUGUUUCCUUAAGAAAUAGGACUUGAAUUUGUUACAGGUUUCUGAUGGCUCCAUAGGACUAAGCAAUAAUUUAGAUCGAUAAAAUCUUAUUUUAGUACUAAAAAGUGAGCCUGGCUGCCUAUUCCGUGAGUAUAAUUUAAACUUUAAAAAAUUCUGUACUUUUAUAAAGAUGUAUUUUAUAUAACUUAAUGCUAAAAUAUACUAGGAUUUUUUGAGAAUAUUAUUGCAAUAUACAUCAUAGUUUGCACAGACUUUUAUGCAUAAUUCACUUUAAAAGUAUACAGUAUAUAGUCUGAUGGUUUUUUUUUUUUUUUUAAAGGCUUUUGGACUAAAGUAUUCGUCAGACCCUUACCUCGUCAGGUCACUAGAUUCUGUUAGACUCUAAGUAUAGUUGACGUCUAGGAAGCCAAUUGCAACUCAAGUGUUGAAAUUUAUAAUGCAGCAGAAUGUCAGCAGACUACACAGUAGGUAGUUGGUUCCUUACAGUGUUGAAAAGCACAGAUGGUUGGUUCCUCAAAGAAUCUCCUAAAUUUUGCCAAAAUUUAAUCCUCCUUUCAACAGGGUGCUGAUGUACACACUUCGAUAAGUUGAUAACGUUAAAAACAUGGAUAGAAUUGACUUACACUAUUAAACCUUCCCUUCUGUAUUCAGAGAUUUUUGCAUAGUUUGUCAGCCCAGUGAAUCUAAUAGCCAUUACCUUGAAACUUCAGUAGGACUGCACCUUUUCCAGCUUACUGAACAUUCGUGACUGAACAAAGAAGUUCUUAAGAGGGGAUGAAUAACAGAUAUCCCUGCAUCUUUGAGCCAGAACAUCUAUGUGGAAUUCUAACAGUUUUAUUUUAGUUUGCAACCAUAUUAAAGUUAUACCCUUUGUUUUUAAAUAGCUCUGAAAGCAGCCUACUGGAAGCUGCUUGUUUAAAAAGGUAUUAAUAGUAGCAUUGCAAUAUUCUAUAGAAUGAUGCCUGCCUUUUAAGUCAUGGAAAAGGGCAUGUUCCAGACAGCUCCUUGUAAGUUGUCUUUCAUCUAAGUGAAGCACAGGUCAUAAAAAUAGUUCUCCAACCAUAAGUGCCAUUCUAAAGAUCUCCAAGACUCUUUCUAUAUAUAUAUGGCCUGCAGGUAUAAAACUGCAAUUAGAUGCUGUACAUGGUUGUGUCAGGGAGGUUAAGGUACUGAGGAAGUAUUAUUACCAAAAAGAAAGUACCAUAUUUUGGGACAGAGGGAGGGGCAGGUGAAAAGGAACUUAGUAAGUUCUGUCCUCAUGGAGAAACCCAUUUCUGAUAUCUUACUUCCCAGUUUGGCCUUCAGAAAUAACUCAUCUCUGGGCAUUGACUUCAUAGGGAUCAAGUCGGUAUUUAAAAUCAGAAUUUUGAGUUUUCAGGGGGUCACAAUAGGGUUUUUCUUGUGUAUGGGAUACCUUCACCCUGCAUAAUGACACAACAACUUCUUUGCUUUCCAAUAUGUGGAAGAAUUUGGGUCACAUAUUUAAAAUAGUUACUGCCAGGGAAAACUCUACAGUGAAGCAAAAUUUGCACUGAUAAUUCAGAUUGCCUUAAAAUAUUAUAAGCUGUUAUUCUAAAUAGCUUUAAGAACAGCCUACUUCUCAUACUAUUUUUGUUAAUGAUACUUAGAAUUUAAAGGCAGACUCAGAAAAUGCUUAAAAAUCCUCUAAGUCAUGCUUUCAGGAAGUACUGCAGUUCUUCAGUAUGAGGUCAUUGAAGGGUAGAUAUAUUUUUUAAAACAUUACUAAAAUCAUACAAGUCCUAUACUCAUCCUAUGACAUACAAAUAUUUUAUUAUUCUGUUGUUAUUGGCAGGAAGAUUGAAAUACUCAGCAUUAACUGAUGGUCUGUUUUUAUGAUUAAGCUGCUAGUAUUAUUUGAACUAUUAUUUUUAUUGGAAAAGAUAAAAAUGUCCUAAGUGCCUGUUUUUCUCUUCCCUUUUAAAAAUAAUGCUAAAGUACAAUUGUAAACACAUCUAGAAUAUCAAAAACUGUGAUUGUAACAAACUCUCUCUCAUAGUAAACGAUCACUUUUACUCUGAAA